GGAGGUCCGUGGACGGUGGUGGUGCUGCGUGUGGGAGAAGCCGCCUGUUGGUGCCGUUCUGGGGCAUGUGGCUCAGAGGAAUGGGGCCGUCUUCCACCCUGACCCAUCGAUGAGAAAAAAAGAAAAAAGGCGACCGAGAGGGGGAUGCACAGCGGGGCAGGAGAAAGGCAGCUUUACAGGCGGAAAAUCGUGGCUGCUGAAGCUGCUGAACAUGGAGAGUCGCCUGGUUUGUGGGAUAAGCGGUGCCGUAGGGGAACAGUGAGUUUUUAGCAGACACGGGUUUGAUUUCCACUUUGUUCCUCGAGCCGUUUGCGUUGUUAAACACAUCUGCAACGAUGCGGGCUGUGGACCGGAGCAGGACCUCCGCGAUUUUACUCUGCCUUUUCGGAUACCUUUUCUCCAAAGCUGCGACCAAAACAUUACAGGAGGACACGGCUACACAAGAUGUGACUCUUAAGGUUCACCUGAGCGAUGCCAGCACUCACCAGCCCCUGGUUGGAGCCACCGUACAGCUUUUUGCCAAUCGUACUUCUUUAACAACUGAAACCUCAUCAGCCGACGGCAACAUUUACCUGCGUUUUCCCUAUCGCCUUGGGACGCCGCUUGUUGUCACCGCAACUAAACAGGGAUAUGUGCCUAACUCUGUGCCCUGGACUCCCUCCAGAUUACCUGUAUUUUCAUCCAUCAGCCUGGACCUGCUGCCAGAAAGAGCUGCAACUCUGAUGGUGUACGAAGAUGUUGUUGAGAUUGUUCCAGGAUUACAAGGUUUAAGAGUCCAGCCCAGGGUUAGUUUCCUGCACAGAGCUCUCAGUCUUCCUCCCAACACAUCGUACGCCAACCUGACCGCGCUGCUCACCGUGGCAAGCUCCCCCUCACACAUCCAGCACUUUCCCCACCUGGAGAUGCUCAGUGGCAACGGCACAGGUGAAGGCACGGAGAAGACGUUCGAGUUGACUCCUGUCGCAGCCAUCUCUGUUCACCUGUUGGCCGGCGAUGGAGUGGAGCUGCAGGUGACUGGGCCAAUCACCUUCUCUGUGCCCCUCCCGCCUGACAGUGGCCUGAAGGAAAAUGAUCACCUCCCUACUUGGAGAUUUGACCCGCGCUUAGGUAUCUGGAUAAAGAGCAGCUGGGCUCAGGUGCAGAGGGAGGGAAACCAGCUCAGUCUAACCUACAUUGUUCCUCAGCUGGGGUACUGGGUGGCCGCCAUGUCGUCUCUACACACCGGUCCAAUGGUUGCAAAGGACAUCAGCACGUACCACACUGUGUUUCUGUUGGCCAUACUGGGAGGCAUGGCUCUCAUCCUGCUCUGUCUGCUCUGCCUCCUGCUGUACUACUGCAGACGUCGAUGUUUAAAGCCACGAGGGUCUCACCGCAAGCUAACGCUGUCCUCUGGACUGGACAGCAGUAAGAGGGACCAAGCCACGUCCAUGUCUCACCUUAACCUCAUCAGCAAUGAGGUGCAGCUGGAGCUUGUUUCCACGGGGACUGAGCCUGACAUGACCACUCCGAUGCUCAAGCCUUCCUCAUAUGAGCACCGAGACAAUCAACGUCAACACAGCCUUAUCCAUCAAAACAAACACAGCCGCUCCUCUCUCGGCAACAACAGCCACCACGGAUCAUCUCUGGGCAAUCUGACGCCUCGCAGCCGAGACUACCGACAGUCUGUAGAGACGUUUCAACUGAGGGCUGCUCUAUCAUCGGGGACAGAGAGGGGCUACCGUCAAUCAUACACCUCCUUCUGUUCAUCUAGCAACCAGAUUUCAGAUGCGUUGUCAUCCACUAAUCAUGGUCAAGUGUCAGCUACACAGCUUAGCAGUGUUGGGAUUAUUGAUUGCAUCUCCCCUUUAUCUCCUCCGCACUCCCCCAGCAGAGGGGAGGGAGGUGAGUGCAGGGCUGCUGACCACCUGCUGUCCCGGUCUGUGGACCACCUGGAGCGGCCCAGUCCCCAGUUGCUCUCCCGGCCAGGCCAGCUGCUCUGCUGCGGCUCUGUAGAUCUGCUGAGUGGAGGGGAAGGCUACUCAAGAGUGCGACCCACACUUGUAAUCCCAGCACACUACAUGCGGCUGCCUGGGGAGCACCCUCUGUCUGGUCAAGCGCUCCUGCUGCAGACUGACCAGCAGAGUGACUUAGAGACCAUCCAGGCUGAGCUCAAUGCCUCACAUUCCCAGCAGCCCCUGGGGCAAACCCCCACUGACUGCGACCCAGGUCCAAAAAAGCAGAGUAAAGGCGAGGGUAUCUCAGGCCUGUCAGAGUCUCUGUCUAUUCCAGGAGCUCUCGGGGAGUCGGGUCUUGUGGAAAUAAACAGCGAGGACACCUUGCUGGCUGAAAAGACUUUAAUGGAGCUGAGAGGAGGGAAGCCUCUGCCUCACCCACGAGCCUGGUUUGUCUCCCUGGAUGGACGCUCCAAUGCUCACAUUCGCCACUCCUACAUCGAUCUCCAGCGGGCAGGGUGCCACAACAACAACAACAGCACACCAAGUGCAGGAGGUCAGCAAGGUAGCAGCCGUCAAGGGAGGCAUGGCAGUUGUAACGAUGCCAGUCUGGACUCGGGUGUGGACCUGAACGAGCCAAGAGUGGGGCGCAGGGGGAGAGAUGCUGAGCAGGAGGAAAGGGGGAUUGAGAAAGACAGAUCAAAGGGGGCGACGCCAGCCUCGGCCUACACUCAGCUGGUGUUUGUGGAUGAUCUGAACGUGGGAGGCUGUGAGGAGGAGAAGUGCACCCACAAGGGCAGCAAAUCUGGACCUGUCUUGUCAGACAAAGGAGAGAGUAACAGAGUGGAUCAGGGGCAGGGGGAUGCAAUGGGUAAAACAGCUGAGGGAGUACAAAUACAGGAGGAGCCACCCUCACUUUCCUCUGCAUCCCCUACUUCUCCUCCGCCCCUGCCAACUCCAGAGGGAGUGACUUUCAGGACUGAUCACGCGCUGCUGUCAGUGUCUCCGGAUGAGGACGCAGCACACGAUGAUGCAGAAGAGGAGAAGAAAAGCCCCUGGCAAAGGAGGGAGGAGCGACCCCUGCUGGCCUUCAACCUCAAAUGAUUCACAGAUGACAAAGGAAAGAUUCACAUUUUUCAAGUCUGUUUGAAGUAGAAUGCCAGUUUAAGGCUUUUUUUAGUUGCCAUGCUGUUUUUAAAAAAAAAAAAAAAAUCAGCGUUAAUUAAACAAUCUCUUUCCCCUUCUGGGAAAAAUUAAUCAAAGUUAACAAGAUGUUGAGCAAAGUUAAGUAAGGUUUAAUCAUAAAAUCUCAGUGAAAACUGAUCUUCAAGUUGAAAUGAGAAGCACGCUAAAUAUUUAACAUUUCAGACAUGGGAGAGAGUCUCAGUAUGCGUGCCAUAAAGCAACGAUAAAAAGCUGUACCCCACCCCUCCAACUCAUGCUCAAAGAAUGAGGUGUCCUGAUCCAAGCAGAAGUGGUGUUGUUGAGGUUAAAGUGUCAUCGUGUUCUUAUUAUUGCUGUUUUGAGCAUUUUCUAGUGAGCUAGGCAACUCAUAAAGUCACAUUAGAGGCAUGCUCAGUGGUAAUCCUGUCCACUAAUGUGGCUGAAUGCAUCCAUUCUGGGGAGUGCAACUGUGAUUUAUUUCCUCCACUUUUCAAUACACUUCACUUUCAGAGGCAGCAUCUUUUCAGGCACUAUGUGGAGAAGGAAAGGUACUAGGAGGAGGAAAAAUGAUCAGGAAACACAAGUGCAUGUCGGUUCUGCUUUGAAACAGACUUGGAAGAGUGUAAAUCUGCCCGUUAACCACAACUCCUCCUCUGCUCAGACCACAACAUGAAGGAUAUAUGUGUUUAAAUUGAAGCCGUUUGUUCUUAAUAUAGCACUGAAUCAAUACUUUAGCACUGGGAGCCCAUCUGGUUGAGAAAUGAACACUUCUGCUAGACUCUUAAUGACCACUGUUGUACUUCACUUUUCAUGAAACACUACAUAAACAGACCACUCGUCAGGCGUGGCGAACACAUUGCCUGAGGGGAGACAUAAAGACGCUGGAGGCACGAAAUUAGGAUAUUUUAUGCACAACAAAUAUAUGCCUUUUUAAUAAAUAGCCUUGCAAGCAUAAAUGAACUGUAGUAGAAGCAGUCGAUGGGUGGUUCAUGGAAAAUCCGAGACUACAAAAAACUUUCUUUCUUGAGCCAUAUUGUCCUCAGUCCAUUAGCUUAAUCUAGUAACAUGCAGCAACACUCGUUUGAAGGUCAUAACCCCGGUUUGUUCACACUGACUGAUGUCUGAGAUUAUGAAACAUCUGUGCAAAACGGGGCAGCCGUGUUUGAGGGAUUUACUUUGAACGGUUGGUGGUAUGUUGCUAGAGUUUAAUCUAGCCCAUCAGAAGGCUUUGUGGGAGAUAAGGUUUCUGGACUGAGGAGGUUUAACCACUAUCUGCUCUGUAGCAUAAUCAGAUAAUGUGACACACCGCUAUGCUGGUGGGUAAGGAUGUAAUACCACUUCAAAGCCACCCAAAUUAGUUGUGAGGGAUAUUGGUAUGAAGGGUUUUGUAACUGUUGAACCACUGACUGGUGUAUUUUUUAUGUUUUGCUUUGAAGGCUAUGCAUAACUUUUAUAUGGCUGCUUGAUGCCUUUUUUUUGUAAUUUUAAUCAUUAUAAUUUUAAUUGCCAAACAUGAAGUAUUUUAUCUGAGAAUAGGCUUUUUUUUUUUCUUUUAAAUAUGUUAAGGGCUUUUCCUCCGUACCCACCUUAACGUUUAAGCUAUAAAAGCAAACGCUCGAUAACCUUUUACCUGAAAUGCAAACUGUAUUUGCUUGCUGUGUUUCACCUCCAUUUGAACCACUCACCCACGAUCCAAGUGCCUUUGAAUAGCCUGACUCUACAGCAACUGAUUACCUUAUUUAUUUCUCACCUCCUUUUGCCUUCGUCCGCCCUCCCCCUCCUUCCUACCUCAGCCCUUACUUUCUCUCCUGCUUGUGAAAGAAAGCAUGCAGUAAACUUUCCUCAGCACUAGCGUAUAACAAGCUACACUGCAGACAUCUCAGAAAAUGUCUACCAGCUGCUGCAAUCGUAAAAUCCUCUACAGUAAUCAGCAAGAGUUCAGUCUCCCUCAGAGUAAGCAGUUAAAGAUGUUUUGUUUUUAUGUGUGUGCGUGCGUGCGUGUGUGUGGCACUGGAUAUGUGAAACUACACUGCAGGUCGUUUCAGUGCAUUUUCUUAUUUUUGUGUUUUGUGGGUGAACGUUUGUCUGAAAUGUGUUUUGCAGUGGCGGCUGAGGUGAUGCUGACUGAUCAACAUGCAUCCAGUCAAGGUUCACAUAGACAAAGCAGCCAUAUUACAGAGUGUGUAUAGUCUUUCCUUACCUCUGCCUUAUCAAAAUAAUGUGUGUCUUUGUGUUAUGAAUGGCCUUUUCUCUUUUAGUUUCCCACACAGCAAUCUCCCCUUUUAGGGUGGAUGAGCAAUACAGUAUCUUUGAGUGUGUAAAUCAGAUGCUUGCAUUAUAUUUGAAGCCUGUUAUUCUGAAUAAACAGCCAAACUGGAA